AUGCUUGGACUGCUGAAGAUCUUGGCCGCCGUGCUAUCGACUUGCGCCUUCAUAUCUGCAGUUGUCGCAAGCACUGCCAACGCGACGAUCAGCAUCGGCCUCACAUACGCCCUCACAAAUCCAGCCAGCUUUCCCGAAGGCCCGUAUUUGGCCAACGCGAUGCUACUUGCCAUCAAAGAAAUCAACCAGAACCCGGCUUUGCUUCCAAAUAUCACGCUGCGGCUCGUCACCAGUGACUCGGGAGAUGUCACAAGCCAAGGAAUCGUGGGUCUGCAAAGUAUGAUCGCGAAUGAAGGAAUCGUGGCAGCCAUAGGAGAGACACGCAGCGAGAUAGCUCAGUACGAGGCCAUGCUAGCUCAGCAGCAUAAGGUUCUAUUCGUCGGCAUGCAAAACUCGGCCACGGCCCUGACCAACAAGACGGUAUUCCCAAACUUUAUCGGCCUUGUUGAAUCGGACAAAUACAGCCUGGUGGUUUUCCUCAGUUACGUGGCUGCCAUGAACUGGAAAUCGAUAGCCAUCGUCCAUAGCCGCGACAGCCUUGGCGUUGGAGCCGCCGCAGAUGCCGAAGCAAUUGCAAAUGCCCUCGGACUACGGAUCGUCAUCAAUCAAGGCUUCUAUGGAAUCAACCGUGGACUCCCGAGCGACCUGAUCAUCCCGAUCGAAAAUAUCCAGCGAUCACGAGCAAAGAUCAUCAUUUUGUGCGCCAACCUUCUCAACACCGCAGACAUGUAUUUCAUGGCAUAUCUCCAUGGGCUCGUGGGUCCGUCGUAUUUCUGGGGCGGGCUCAACCUUCCACUCUAUGGACUUCGGGAUCAAACUUGGUUCAACACAAGCCCACUUGGGCCUGUCCGUGGAUAUGGAUUCAGCAGCCAGCACAUUUCCCUGGGAUCGCGGAGCACUCAGUUCACAAACACAUGGAAUUCGCUCGCACAGAGCGACCCCAACGACUACAUCCCGCUGACUUGGCGCUCGUACGAAUGGGCAAUCAGGCUCUCAUAUGAUGCCGUUUAUCUGCUUGCCAAGGCUUGGACCAAGCAAAUGCUUAGCAACCCUGGCCGGGAUCUCCCAACUCUGAUCUCGGAGGACCCUUACUAUCCCGUGAAAUAUGUGACCAAUCUCACCUUCGACGGGGCUGCCGGGAUACUGAUAUUCAACAAAAACAGCGAAAUGGCGUCCUUCCAAAGCGUCGGGAGUGCCGGCCCCCAAUUCCAGACGAUGGGGGUGUUUGCCAACGGAGUCAUCAAUACGCAAUGCAGCGGUUGCGCGUUUCUCAACAACAACGGCUCGUCAUAUAUUCCAUCCGACAUCGAAUACAUCAACACAUUCAACUACCAAUACAAUUCUACCUGUAUACCGUGUCCCCUUGGGGCGAGCUGCACCGGCGGCCGCAUAUUUGUCCUCAAAGACUAUUGGUACAACCCAAACUCAAGCAACUUGAACAGCUUCAUCAUGUACUGCGGCAGUGGCAAUCGAUGGGACUGCGACAUCACCGCCAGUGAUACGUGCAAUCCACCAUUUUAUGGGGCGCUGUGUGGAAACUGCCCCGAUGGGCGCUACGAAUGGAGCGGAACUUGUGUCGAGUGCGACGGCAGCCAAGCUGCCCGCAUGGGAUCGCUGAUCUUCUUCUUGGUGCUGAUACUUGUGGGCAUACUGUACAUCAUUCCGCCGACGAGGGAAUGCUUCUUUGUUGAACUGCUGCUGGUGUACCAAAUCGCCCUCAAGUUCAAUCUGGAGGGGAACGCCAUCGUCACCAGCAUCUUGACAGUCAUCAACCUCAACAGCGACAUCAAUCAAAGCAGUGUCCAAUGCAUCCUCCCGUUAUCGCCCUUCAUGAAAAUGGUUGCCAAUUUCUUCAUCCCGUUUUGCAUGUUCAUCUGCCAGCUCAUAUGGCUCCUGCUUGCAAGGCUGGCGAUGCAGCUAUCAAAACGGCACGUUCGUGUGCGCAUCAUACUCGAUACGCUGACGGACUGGCUCCCGCAUCUCAAAGACAAUUUUGGGGCCACCACGGUGAACACCGCGUGGACGAUUUUUCUGUUUUGCUACAACCCAGUCUAUGACACAGGCAGAUAUCGGACCAACUUUCUGUUGUUUGGGACUACCCGGCAGUGCAGGCACAUGAUCAAGCACCAGCGCAAGGGCCGAGUCGUCUCGGGAGAAGCCGUGCGACCAGAGCAUCUCGACCCUCACGUCACGCUCUACAUCUCCUAUGCGCCAGAAUACUACUGGUGGACACCCGUGGAUCUGGUCGAGAGGAUGCUCGUCAACGGCAUUCCGAUUCUUAUCCGAGGCGCUGGAGAUUAUGCGUCGAUGACGUGUUUGAUGGUCCUAUUGUGGAUGUUUCUGUUGCUGCGUGCCUUUGUCAUGCCCUACGAAUCGACCCUGGACAACUCGGUCCGAAUUGUUGGAUACACAUCCUUGGUGGCGCUCGGAGCCUUUCGGAUUCGGCCCCUGUUUCUGCUGCUGAGCUAUCAGAUCGAGAUUCCCGUGGCAUUCAAUGAAGAGUUUGUGUGCUUGCUUCUACCGGUGAUUGUCCUGCUGCCGGCCAAGCUCAUUGCCUUCCUUGCUCCGACGAUAAGGAGACGGCGGGGCAUCAAGCGUCCCAAUGCACCUGCGACGCCUUCAGAUACAAUAGCCAACUCUGAAGGGUCGUCGAGUGAGAAAAAGCUCUUGAGGGACUCGACCGCGCCGGGUGCUGAUAAGGCGUGCGAAAUCGAGACUAUCGAGAAACCCUCGAUGUGAGGCUGCUGCGAUCUCUGCCAAUGUGAGGUGCCAGCCGCCUUUGGUCAUGGAUCUUGAAUAUAUACAUGCUUCUACCGUCGUUCACGAUUUACAAGAGCAAG